AUGCAUCAUGCACUGCUGCAUGAAUAUAAUGGAAAUGAUGAAGAAACAAAUCACUCAGAUAUACAGGAAAAGACCACCGAAGUGAUACAAGAUACUCGAGCAUUACACCUUCCGGCUGUUUUAAUUGGCACUGCAUUGAUAGAGAGAAAGUAUAAUAUAACUUCACCACAAGAUGAAGGCAUUCUUAUAAGCAAUGAUGAACACGCAUUGUUAGCCUAUAAGAAAGGACUUAAUGCAACCUACUCACAAACAGUACAGGCUGCACAACCUAAAUCUUUUCAAGAAGCUAGGGACUUUGCGGAAAAUUUAGUUUUUCCAGAUCAACGACAACAGGUUUUAUAUACUCAACACUACCGUGGCAAUAUAAAUCAAUUUAAUAAUUACCAAAAUAAUAACAGUUCAAGAAACCAAUAUCAAGGAAUUCAACGUAACAACAACCAAAGGUACCAACGUAACAAUGGUCAAAGAAACGAAAACUAUCAACAUAACCAGAGAAACACCUAUAACAGAAAUAUGAACCAAAGACAUAGAAAUUAUAAUAUAACUUCACCACAAGCUGAAGGCAUUCUUAUAAGCAAUGAUGAACACGCAUUGUUAGCCUAUAAGAAAGGACUUAAUGCAACCUACUCACAAACAGUACAGGCUGCACAACCUAAAUCUUUUCAAGAAGCUAGGGACUUUGCGGAAAAUUUAGUUUUUCCAGAUCAACGACAACAGCAAAGAAAUCAAUUUAAUAAUUACCAAAAUAAUAACAGUUCAAGAAACCAAUAUCAAGGAAUUCAACGUAACAACAACCAAAGGUACCAACGUAACAAUGGUCAAAGAAACGAAAACUAUCAACAUAACCAGAGAAACACCUAUAACAGAAAUAUGAACCAAAGACAUGUUCGCUUAACAUCAUCACAGGAAAACUACAUGCGACCAGAGGAAAACCAGUAG